AUGGCGAUCCUCUCGGCGGUCGCCACCGAGGUGUUCAUCCCCGUCGCCGCCGUCAUCGGCAUCGCCUUCGCCGUCGUGCAGUGGGUGCUCGUGUCGCGGGUGAAGCUCUCCCCGGCCGCCGCGUCCGCCGGCGGCGGCAAGAACGGCUACGGCGACUACCUCAUCGAGGAGGAGGAGGGGCUCAACGACCACAACGUCGUCGUCAAGUGCGCCGAGAUCCAGAAGGCUAUCUCCGAAGGAGCAACAUCCUUUCUUUUCACUGAGUACCAAUAUGUUGGUAUCUUCAUGUCUAUCUUCGCUGUUGUGAUAUUCCUCUUCCUUGGUUCGGUUGAGGGAUUCAGCACGAAGAGCCAGCCCUGCACCUAUAGCAAGGGCAAGUACUGCAAGCCUGCACUGUUCACUGCACUCUUUAGCACUGUGUCCUUCUUGCUUGGAGCCAUCACCUCUCUGGUAUCUGGUUUCCUUGGCAUGAAGAUUGCCACAUAUGCGAAUGCUAGAACUACCCUGGAAGCUAGGAAGGGUGUUGGCAAGGCUUUUAUCACUGCUUUCCGCUCUGGCGCUGUUAUGGGUUUCCUGCUUGCAUCAAGUGGGCUUGUGGUUCUGUACAUCACCAUUAAUGUAUUUAAGUUGUAUUACGGUGAUGACUGGGAGGGUCUUUUUGAGUCCAUCACUGGCUAUGGCCUUGGUGGGUCAUCCAUGGCUCUCUUCGGAAGAGUUGGUGGAGGCAUCUACACAAAGGCUGCUGAUGUUGGCGCCGAUCUUGUUGGAAAGGUCGAGAGGAACAUUCCUGAGGAUGAUCCUAGGAACCCAGCUGUGAUUGCUGAUAAUGUCGGUGACAAUGUUGGUGACAUUGCUGGAAUGGGAUCUGAUCUCUUUGGGUCAUAUGCCGAAUCUUCCUGUGCUGCCCUUGUUGUUGCAUCUAUUUCAUCUUUCGGAAUCGACCAUGAUUUCACUGGGAUGUGCUACCCACUCCUUGUUAGCUCUGUUGGUAUCAUCGUCUGCUUGAUCACCACCCUGUUUGCUACUGAUUUCUUUGAGGUCAAGGCUGUGAAAGAAAUUGAGCCUGCACUUAAGAAGCAGCUCAUCAUCUCCACCGUCCUGAUGACUGUUGGUAUUGCUGUAAUCAGCUGGUUGGCCCUUCCAGCUAAGUUCACCAUCUACAACUUCGGUACUCAGAAGGAUGUCUCCAACUGGGGCUUGUUCUUCUGUGUUGCAAUUGGUCUGUGGGCUGGUCUGAUUAUUGGUUUUGUCACAGAGUACUACACUAGCAAUGCAUACAGUCCUGUGCAAGAUGUCGCGGAUUCGUGCAGAACUGGUGCUGCCACUAAUGUCAUUUUUGGUCUCGCUCUUGGAUACAAGUCAGUUAUCAUCCCGAUUUUCGCUAUCGCUGUUAGCAUCUAUGUCAGUUUCUCCAUUGCUGCAAUGUACGGCAUCGCAGUUGCCGCUCUUGGUAUGCUGAGCACAAUCGCAACUGGUCUUGCUAUUGAUGCUUAUGGUCCCAUCAGUGACAAUGCUGGUGGUAUUGCUGAGAUGGCUGGAAUGAGCCACAGAAUCCGUGAGAGAACUGAUGCUCUUGAUGCUGCUGGCAACACAACUGCCGCUAUUGGAAAGGGAUUUGCCAUUGGUUCAGCUGCUCUUGUGUCCCUGGCGCUUUUUGGCGCCUUCGUCAGCAGAGCUGGAGUGACGGUUGUCGAUGUCCUCUCCCCCAAGGUUUUCAUUGGUUUGAUUGUUGGAGCCAUGCUUCCCUACUGGUUCUCUGCCAUGACCAUGAAGAGUGUUGGAAGUGCCGCCCUGAAGAUGGUGGAGGAGGUCCGCAGGCAGUUCAACACCAUUCCUGGGUUGAUGGAGGGAACUGCCAAGCCCGAUUAUGCAACCUGUGUGAAGAUCUCCACAGAUGCCUCCAUCAAGGAGAUGAUUCCUCCGGGUGCUCUGGUCAUGCUCACUCCCCUCAUUGUUGGAACCCUCUUCGGUGUUGAGACUCUUUCUGGCGUUCUUGCUGGUGCCCUGGUGUCUGGAGCGCAGAUUGCCAUCUCUGCUUCCAACACUGGUGGUGCAUGGGACAAUGCCAAGAAGUACAUUGAGGCUGGUGCCAGCGAGCAUGCGAGGACCCUUGGCCCCAAGGGAUCUGACUGCCACAAGGCUGCUGUGAUCGGUGACACCAUUGGUGACCCCCUGAAGGACACCUCGGGCCCGUCCCUCAACAUCCUCAUCAAGCUCAUGGCCGUGGAGUCCCUCGUGUUUGCCCCCUUCUUCGCCACCCAAGGUGGCAUUCUGUUCAAGUACCUGUAA